GCCGAUCUUCAGCUCAACCAAAAAGCACAGCCGCAGCCCCUCCUCGUCUCGGAAAUAAAUACCAUACAAACAACAAAACUUCCCCCUGAUCCAUCCUUCCACAUCAUCUCCUAUCUUUCUCUCAUUAAAACAUCAGAACCAAAGAAAAUCAAUAUGGGUUUCUCCGACAUCCUUCAAGACGCCGUCUCCCAGGCCGUCAGCCACGCCACUAACAACUCUGGCGGCGGCGGCAACAACAACAACAACCAGGGCGGUUCCAACCAGAGCUACGGAGGUGACUCCUACAACGACCGUCCCUCCCACGGCGGCAACCAAGGAGGCUACAAUGACCGUCCCUCUCAAGGCUACGGAGGAGACUCCUACGGUGACCGCCCUUCCCACGGCGGCAACCAAGGCGGCUACGGAGGAGGCUACAACGACCGCCCCUCUCAAGGCUACGGAGGUGACUCCUACAACGACCGUCCCUCCCAUGGCGGCAACCAAGGCGGCUACGGAGGAGGCCCCUCUUACAACGACACCUCUUACAACGCCCCACCCCCCUCCCACGGCGGCUAUCACAAUUCCAAUCCCUCCUCCCAUGGCUUCUCCGACAGCGACGUGAACCCAGCCCUCGCCCACGCCCAACAGCACUCCGACUCCAACUCCAAUGACUCCUCCCUCUUCAGCACCGCCCUGAACUUCAUCAAGGACAAGCAAGGCCGCUCUUCCUCCCCCGACAUCGACGAGUCCGAGAUGGUCCAGUCCCACCAACAGCUCUACAAUGACGACGAUGGCAGCAAAACCCAUGAUUCGAGGUCCCUAGGUGCUGGUGCUGCCAUGCAGGCGCUUAAGAUGUUCAGCUCCGGCCAGAGCGGUGGGUCUUCCGGCGGUGAUCAGAAUGCCUUCAUUGGUAUGGCGAUGAGCCAGGCUGCCAAGCUUUGGGAGCAGAAGAAUUCGAGUGGCAACGUGACCGAUGAUAAGCAGUCGGCUGUUAACAAGGCCGCUGAGAUGGCAUUGAAGAUGUACAUGAAGAACCAGGGUAGUGGAUCGUCCGGUAGUGGUGGGCCGGCGUUGAUGAGCUUGGCCAGCAAGUUCCUGGGCAAAUAGGUUUGGUUAAUGGUUUAAUUUGUUUCUUUCGUGUGAAUAUGGUAUAUGGUUUAUGUUAUAUUGUUGGACAUGACAGAAUGAUAUACAGAAUGAUCUGCUACUAUUGAACGCAUGAAUAAAUACAUGCUAUGCCUCUUGAAGGGUGAAAUUUGAUCACAACAAUUCUAUUUUAU